CUCUACUCCCCCCCAUCUUCUCUGCCUUAUACUGCGUCCCGCAGCCUCCCCCCAAUACCUCUGCCUCCUGCACUCACCAUGUCUCGUGGCGGCGGUACCACUCUCUACGUGACGGGCUUCGGUCACGGCACUCGCGCCCGCGAUCUUGCCUUCGAAUUCGAACGCUACGGUAGACUGGUUCGAUGCGACAUUCCUGCGCCGCGCUCUGCUUCCAGCAGGCUGUUUGCUUUUGUCGAGUACGAGAACCGUCGCGACGCCGAUGAUGCCUACCACGAGAUGCAUAACAAGCGUAUCGGCCGCGACGAUCUGUUGAAGAUCGAGUGGGCUCGUACUCCUCCAUCGGCUUCUUGGCGCUUCGACUCCGGCCGCGAUCGUCCUAGGGAUGGUGGUCGUGGUGACCGUCGUGGUGGUGACCGAGGCGACCGCGAACGCUCUCCUCGCCGCGGACGUAGUGGAUCUCCUCGUCGGGGCCGUGGUGGCGACGGCUACUCUCCUCGCAAGGAUGACCGCCGUGAUCGUGACUACGACCGACGCGCCGACCGCGACCGAUCCAGGAGCCCUGUCGAUGGCGACCGCGAGAUGAAGGAUGUACGUGACCGUGAUGAUGACCGUGAACGCGGAGAUCGUGGAGACCGUGCCGACCGCGCAGACCGUGGUGGCGACCGCGAACGCGAGCGUGAGCGCGAGCCUGGCGCCAAUGGCGAAGAACUCAAGAACGAGUCCCCGCCUCCAGUCGCCCAUGACGACUUGGAUGUUGCAGAGUAAAUUUCCAGUUCCCCUGUCCCUUGCUCGUGUCUGGUUCGUUGGUUCACUCAAAAUGUCAAAAGCAAUAUGGUGGUUCCGGUCGGAGUUGAAGGUUAAGGGCUUUCCAUAGUCAUUCCUCCUCGGAAGGCUUGGCGACAUUGCGCUCGCCCCAUUAAUGAAGCAAGCAGACCUUUCGAAUCGGAACCUUUGUUUUUUUAUAGCGAUCGGUCACGGCGAUAUCCCUUUCGGUACGGUCGGAAAUAUCACUCUCGAGCGAUCGGUCGAGCCCUCGGCGCCGUUUGGCGAUUCCCUUCUUGUACUUUACACGAACGAUUACCGUAGCACCUCGAAUCCUUUCCCUCCUUUCUUCGUCCCCGAUACCUUCUCUCGAUUCGGUACAUGCAACCUCACAGGGUUUGUAUGUUUUUAUAAAGAUUGCAUCAUAAUGAGCUUCCAUAUUGUGAUGACUGCCAACCCCAGCAACUACGCUUCUACCACACUAUGAAUGCUAGUCCUUCUCACGAGCUACGUCUGCCGACUAGGCCAUGUUGUGGUAUCCUAGGCGACUGUUGCUUGUUGCGCUCUUGAAUGUUAAGGGCAAGACCAACUGCGCGCGACUCUCCAGUAUCGUUUAGUAGGCUAACCAAAAACAUCUGCUUGUGACUACGAUGUUGAUGAAAUGACUAUAUAUGCGCUGCACUCCCGCUCCACAUAUAUGGCUAAGUCUAUGCUUCGUGGUGUGGUAUAGAAAGUGCGGUCCACUAGUCGUUGUUCCGGCUGGAUACUACAAAUCAGAUGGUCCCGGAGAUGUUGGGUCUGUGGCAUGGCCAUCAUUCGACAAGAUUGAAUUGAUGCUGCUACUGAUUGGCUCAUGAUUGGCAUUGCGCCGACUCCCUUACUUAUAUCCUUUACUGAAUCCGAAGUAGAAAUGAUAACUUAUUUUCUUUAUGUUUCCAUCACGCCACAGCCUGUUUGACUCCAACUGCCCAGUAGCUUUUCGGUACUCUACUAUCUCGUCCAUGUCAACCACAGUACACUCUCCACGCGGCGGUGCCACAAUGUCGUCUUGCUGCUGUCGCUACCUCAUUGCUUCCACAGGUGCUAUCCAUCCUACACCCCGAAAAUCCCGUUCCCGUGACACAAAAGAAAAGUGAAGACAUAUACAUCAGUUAUCUAGACCGUGUUGUUUUUUGGAUGGAAGAGCAUCAUAUCAUUCGCUUCGAUACGAUGUCAUCUCUCUCUCAAAGUCUGAUUGGUGUGUAUCUUUUGAUCCCAAGUUUCUGUAUAUUCGGACAC